AUGUCCUUCGACUUCUCUACUCCACCUACCGGUUCUCAGCCACGGGCGUUAUCAUCCUUCCAUUUAUCUGGUCCGCUCAAUGAUUCCCAGCCAGGAAGUCCUUCGAAUUCGAGCUUGCUGAUGAGCCCUUCUGCCUACCUACGCACUCCUGGAUCCCCACCUUCAAGUUCACACCAACCACAAAUUGACCCAAAUCUAUUCGCAAACGAGUUAUCCGCCCUCUUUGUGGACGCACUCGCCAACCAAUUUGGCCUUGGCGAUGCAGAACAGGACUUACGGAAAAACCUACAUGGUUUUGCUAAGCUCGGUCAUGGACUGAGCAAAUCUGACCUUGCAACUAGAACUUAUCUCCUUGGCAGUAUAUUCUGCAUUCUCAAGGAACAGCGCAUAAUUACUGCCUCUCACCAAUCAACACAACAACUUCUCGCAGAUUUACAAAUCCGUCUCGAAACCACAUUUUCACUUAGUCCUGAGCAAUGA